UUAGAAUCUUAAGUCGGUGGUUCACGCACACAAGGUGUUUGAUAAAAGUUCUGGUGCUGAAUUGUGUGGAAUGGGGCGAGGGAGAGUGCAAUUGAAGAGGAUAGAGAACAAGAUCAACCGCCAAGUCACUUUCUCGAAGAGAAGAGCGGGGUUGCUUAAGAAGGCGAACGAGAUCUCAGUUCUCUGCGAUGCUGAGGUGGCUCUCAUCGUCUUCUCCUGCAAAGGGAAGCUCUUUCAGUUCUCCAGUGACCCCUGCAUGGAGAAGAUACUUGAAAGGUAUGAGCGGUAUUCAUAUGCAGAGAGGCAGCUCGUUGCAAAUGAUCAAGGACCAAAUGAAAAUUGGACUCUAGAAUAUGCAAGGCUCAAAGCAAGGGUGGAAGUCUUAGAGAGAAAUCAAAGAAAUUUUAUGGGACAAGAUCUGCAAUGCUUAAGUCUAAAAGAGCUUCAGAAUUUAGAACAGCAGCUUGAUUCUGCCCUCAAACAAGUUAGAUCACGAAGGAACCAACUCAUCUAUGAGGAUAUCUCAGUGCUUCAGAAAAAGGAGAAGACCCUACAAGAACAAAACACCUUGCUAGCUAAGAAGAUCAAGGAGAAAGAGAAAGCAAUCACACAACAAGCUCAACUGGAGCUGCAAAAUAACUUUAUGGAUCUAACCCCCUUUGUUGUGGCACCUCAAUCCUCGGAGAUGAACAUUGGCGGGUUCCAACAAGGUAGAAGUGAUGGCGAACAUAAUGAAGACAUGGCAGCUAAUGCUCGUGCUAAUAAUACCCUUCUUCCCCCAUGGAUGAUUCGUCCUAUAAAUGAAUAGGAUGGUAUUAUUACUAAUAUAUAUGAAUAUGCAUGGUUGCAAAG